AUGAUUGGAUUGGAAAUUUUUCUUGCGGGUCUUCUUCAAACUCAGAGUUGCCGCUCACCUUUGAAUAGUCGUCAUACCUUUAAAUCAAAAAGUGAUCCGAAAGAGAAACAGGGUCGCUCUAUUUCUGAAGAAAUAGUUUCCCAACAAGAUGAUGGUGUUUUUGCUACUAAAGAUAGAGAAACGUGUUCCCAAGUCUCGAGCAAGGUUGUGAAAGGGCUGAAACAGAAAACUGCCGAAGUUAGUCGUGAAGGAGGAUCAAUCGUAAAUUCGGCAAGUAUCGGUGUAGAUUCUGCACAUGGAAGAGUUGGAUAUGCAGUAGUAGGAUUAUAUAGUUUGGGACAGACCUGCUUCUUUAAUUCGGUUAUUCAAAAUCUGCUAGCUAUAGAUAGCUUGCGGGUUUAUUUUUGCAAAGUAGAGAAAGACGUGGGUCCCGUAAGUGGUGCUUUGAGAAAGAUCUUCCUUCAAACCAAUAUUGGUACCGGCUUGAGAGAACCUAUUGUACCUAGGUCUUUAUUCGAGUGUUUAUGUAUCAAGGCUCCACAGUUCAGAGAAAAUCAACAAGAUGAUAGCCACGAGUUGCUUAGAUGCUUGCUCGAUCUUCUGUCACACGAAGAAAUGCAGCCAAGAAAGCACUCCAAAUUUUCUCAGGCUCCGAUCCCGGGUCCCACAUUUGUGAAUGACUUGUUCGGCGGCAGAAUUUCUAGUACCAUUACUUGUACGAAAUGUCAGCACUCCUCAACAUGUUACGAAGCAUAUCUCGAUCUUUCGUUGACUGUUCCGGCGAAGAGGGACCAGCUUGUCGUAUUAUUGGUUGAUGGGUGUUUGGCCCUUUUUGUUGAGCCCGAGAUUCUUUCGAACGAUAACGGAUGGCAUUGUGAGAAUUGUUCGAGAGUUAUGCGGGAACAAAGGGUGGUUGACUCCGAAAAUUUGAAAGUGACAACAGAUGCAACCAAAAGGUUACUCAUCGACAUCGCUCCUCCUAUACUGACAAUUCAUCUAAAGAGAUUCAGCAAAGAUGCUAGGGUUCUCAGUAAAUUGAAUGACGAUGUGAGUUUCCGAGAGAUGAUUGAUCUCGAACCGUACAUGGAUACCAGGUGCAGUGAGAGAGUGAGGUUUACAUAUCGUCUAGUGGGAGUGGUGGAGCAUCGCGGAGUAAUGGAAGGUGGCCACUACAUUGCAUAUGUGAGAGGUACAAAAGAUAACGGAGAUUGCGUUUGGUAUUGCACCAAUGAUAUUCGUAUUCGUGAGGUUUCUUUGGAAAAGGUUCUGUGUUCCAAAGCCUGUAUCUUGUUCGAUGAAAGAACCCGAAGAUCAUCAGAUUAUCAUGUCCACUAACUGCAGUGUAAGUCAAAUAGCAUCUGACUUUUUUUUUUUCUUUUUUCGUCUAAAGAGUAUAUAAAUGAUAGUUUUAAUGACUGGAUUAAGAAAAUGAUAUAAGAAUCAAUAGUACGUAUACGUACCGUGUGCAUGCAGUGGAAAUACUUGUUUGACAAUGCGUACUAUUGCUUCCAGUUCCAGUAGUAGAGAUUCUCCUAGCUGCAAAUUACGGGUGAUUUUUCCGUGUUAACCUGCAUGCAUGAUCAUCAGAUCAGCACAUUUAAAAAUGAAAAUUUUCGGUGAUUUUAACGAUGUGAUGUUAAGAAUUCAAGGCGGCUUUGAGAUAUAAAUUUUCAUUUUUCGACAGGAAAUGACGUUCCAUGCUUGUGGGAAUGAUGCACAUAUUGCAAUGCUUCUUGGUGCUGCAAAAAUACUUUCAAGAGAACAAUAUUAUUAGUUGUAAUGAAAUGAAUACCAGGCAAAGCGGUGGUGGUACGAUAACUAUCGAGGCUAAUCUGUAUGUUAGUAGAAACCUCGCGGAUUAGCUUCACCGGAGAAACUUAAAACUAGAGAAUAUUUGUUUCCCUUUUUUGUCGGCCGUGAGUU